AUGGCGAUCUUGAAUCUUUUCUUCGUCUACACGAGCUACUCAUGCAUCCUCUACUGCAUUCUCGUCCUCGGCUUCCGCCUGCUCCUGCACCCGCUCCGGAAGUACCCGGGGCCCUUCGCGGCGAAGCUCUCGGAAGCCUACGGCGGGUUCUACGCCCUGAGAAAGCGGCUUCAUCUGCAGACCUACGAGAACCACUUGAGAUACGGCCCCGUUCUGAGACAGGCUCCGAACCGGCUGAUAUUCAAUUCUGUUUCAGCGUUGCAAGCCAUCUACCAGAAUGAGAGGGUCAAUAAGUCCUACGUGUACGCUGUUGCACAGCCUGAGCAGCAUAACACAUUCAUCACGACGAACAGGGCCCAGCAUCGCCCCAAGAGGAGACUGAUGAGCCAGGUGCUGUCGGAACAGUCGAUGAGGUCUUUUGAGCCCAUCAUGGUGAACCAGGUCCUCAUCUUCCUGCGUCAACUGUUACAGGCCAACUCAAGCCCCGUGAACAUGACUCCUAUGUGUCGAUAUCUCGGCCUCGAUGUCGCCGGUCUCUUGGGCUUUGGUUACGAGCGUAACCUCCAGACCGACCAUGCACAUAGAUCUUUGACCGACGCCCUCACUUUCGGUAACUAUCGUACCAACCAAAGGCUCAACACGGUGUUGAUGGACCUGCUCCCAAAUCGCCUGCGGACAGAACUUCGGGCCACCAUCGAGAAAAUGAUAUUGACCCGGCUCGCCCAGCCGUCAGAAGAUAAGCACGAUCUGUUGUCUGUUUUUAGCGAGGCCGAGCAGUCGGACCUCGAUAUAAAGAACAUGAAGAAGAGCGCUAUCUGGGCCGAAGCUAUCUUAUUCUUUGCCGCAGGUGGUGAGACCAUCGCAUCCACGCUUGCCGCCACGUUUUUCUACCUGUCACAAAACCCGGAAUGCUAUCAAAAGCUAGCCACGGAGAUCCGGUCCACGUUCAGCUCGGGUUCCGAAAUCCGCGGCGGGCCGCGCCUCUCAAGCUGCCGCUACCUCCGUGCCUGUAUCGACGAGGCUCUCAGGAUGUCUCCGCCCGUGCCAGGGACCUUGUGGCGCGAAGCAGCGACUGAUGCAAAAGACAAGCCGCUCAUCAUAGGCGUGAGCAUCUACAGCCUCCACCACAACGAGAAUUACUUCCCGGACUCAUUCCAAUUCCAGCCAGAACGAUGGCUUGCAAAGGACAACAACAACAACAACAACAACAACAACAAAGCCGCGCAUGAAGCUUUUGUAGCCUUCUCGAUGGGAUCCCGGGUGUGUGCGGGAAAGGCGAUGGCAUACCUCGAGACGAGCCUCGUCCUGGUUAUGACGUUUUGGUAUUUCGACUUUGAGCCGAGCAGUAGCGAAGGCAAAGAGGCGGGGGAGCAGAAGAAUACCGCUGGAGGAAAGGGCUGGCGCGUUGGCGAGUUCCAGAUGCAGGAUAUCUUUGCGGCCGGUCACGACGGCCCUGAACUCAGGUUUCGCCCGCGGGGUGACUUCUGCUGCGAAGAACUCUCACGCCGAGGAAACGGGCCGGCAGACAUGCUUCAACUACUCUGA